CUUCGUCUGCAGUUCCGUCAGAGCAGCGUACUCUGAUAGUACGCAAGUUGGAGCUGCGUUACUGAUUAGUUCCCCGGUGACUCAGGUGUAACAACUUUCGGAAAAUGAGUCGGAAUUUGACAAUACUGCUGGCAGCGUUGUCAGUGGUUGCAGGUGUGCCAGACUACACGCCAAAGGAAGAGUGGUGGCAGCACUGCAUUUUCUAUCAGAUCUACCCGCAGUCCUUUUAUGAUUCAAACGGUGAUGGAAUUGGUGAUUUGAAAGGAAUCACGUCCAAAGUCGGGUAUCUUCAGGAGCUGAAUGUGUGCGCAGUGUGGUUAAACCCGAUAUAUCCCUCUCCUUGGAAAGAAAAUGGUUAUGAUAUAAGCAAUUACGUGGAUAUUCAUCCAAAACUCGGGACCAUCUACGACUUUGAUGCACUCGUCUCAAACUUGAAUAAUGCAAAAAUUAUGACUGUGUUGGAUUUUGUUCCAAACCACACUAGUGACCAGCAUGUGUGGUUCCAGAGGUCUGUAAAGAAUCAAGCGCCUUACAAGGAUUACUACAUCUGGAGGGAUGCAAAAGGGAUGGAUGGUACGAGACCUAUUCCUCCAAACGAUUGGGCAUCAGUGUUUCAAUCGGAUAAGGCCGGCUCUGCAUGGAAAUGGAACGAAGACAGAAAACAGUUCUACUAUCAUGCGUUCAUGGAAGAACAACCUGACCUCAAUUUGCGGAAUCCUUUGGUUGUGGAAGAGUUGAAGAACGUCCUCAGAUUCUGGAUGGACCGAGGGGCGAGGGGAUUCCGCGUGGACGCUGUACCGCAUCUUUUUGAGGAUGAGCAACUCAGAGACGAAAACGGAAACGGCCAUCAAUACACACAGAACCUACCAGAGAACUACGAUUUCGUUAGGGACAUCCGCGUUUACGUUGAUGAAUAUGGAAAGAAGAAAAGUGCCACUAUCUUUUUAUCAGUCGAGGCGUAUGCCGGCCCGUCGGAAACGAUGCGAUAUUAUGGUUCAGUAUGGGAACCGGCUGCUCAUUUCCCCUACAACUUUUUAUUCUUGACUGAUGUCGAUGAUCACACCAAUGCGCCAGCCUUACAUAAGGUCAUCGUUGGAUAUCUGGCUAAUUUAACGAGGGAUCAAUUUCCGAAUUGGGUGACUGGGAACCAUGAUUGGCCUCGGAUUCCCUCUCGUAUGGGUGCAUCAACGGCCGUUGAUCAGCUCAACAUGCUCGGUCUCCUACUUCCGGGUAGCUGCACCGUUUACAUGGGCGAUGAAAUUGGCAUGGAUAGCUACUGGGGUAUAGACAGAAGCAAGUGUCCUGAUGGUUUCAAGGACGAUUACCGCACACCCAACCGGACCCCCUUCCAUUGGAACAUCACCAAGAAUGCAGGUUUCACAAACAACAGACAGCCCUGGAUCCCGAUCAACCCGGAGUACUACUGCACAAACGUGGAGACGGAGACUAAAUACAACAGUUACAACCGGCAGCAACCUAGCGCCUUGAUGAAUUUCAAGGAAAUGACCAAACUGAAACGGUCCAUGUAUGAUGAUGCAAUCACCAACGGGAAAUUCCGCUCUCACGUGUUGAACGAUCAGAUGUAUGCUUUUACCAGAACGGGCUCUCGGUUCACGUACCUUGUGCUGCUUAACCUGGGGAAACAUUUCAGCGAUUCCUUCAAAUUAGCGAGCAUGGUUCCAGAAGUCAACAGGUCGAACGCAAGAUCACUCGUAGCCCGCAGCGCCAAUUUGGGAGAAGAGUGUGCUCCAAACAAUUGCUUUGAUAGGAUUUUCUCGGAAGAUUGGAACAUGCCUCCAAAAUCAGGCCUAGUUGCAGCUUUCACCACCGUGCGAACAACUUUACGUAGCAGAGACUUAGGAGAAAAACCUGAGCCGUACUGGAUGGGCAGUAGAUUAACCGGUAAAUCCAAUUAAAACUUCCGUUAAUCCAAGCACACCAACACACGGCGACGAUGUCAAGAUAGAAGUAUUGCUGCGCCAUUCAUUUGAUCAUGAAAUAAGCCGAACCUUCCAGCAAACACGAGUGGCCCAAGUCCUAAUUGCAGCCGGUGAAUAGAAGUGAUUCCAUUGAGCUUGCUCUACAUUUCAAUUGAAAUACAGUCCUUAGUCUACUCUACCGUACUAGGCAAGAGCAUGCAAUAAAAGCAAUCGCAGUGUCUAUAAGGAUCUUCUACUAUACACAUUUUUCUCCAAAGGAACUCGCAUUGUUAUGUUAAAGUGCUCAGCACUUCUUCCAUCUGAUAUCUGAUAUCUACCUGAUAUGGAAAACUGUACUAAGUUAUGCCACUCUUGUUUAACACGGCACAGUAAUGUUGCAAAUAUGUUCCCUCGCCUGAAUAAUGUUACUACAAUUAAGCGCAAAUAUGUCCAACAAUUGAAAAUAAAUAGCAUCGUAAAAAGAA